AUGGGCCCACCAAAGACUACGGCCAAGAGGCCGGCCCCGUCGGACAGCAGCACUACGAGCCCAACAACACCAGCGUCAGCCCCUGGCACUCCGCGUGCGGAGGAACCUCCCAAGAAGCAACCCAGGAAAAAGACCCCGGAAGAGCAGCUUCCCCUGACGCCCUUGCAAAAGGCCAAAGACAUGUGCGGCAAAUGUUUGAAACGAAAGUCCGAUGCGAGCAAUCUUGGCUUGACUUUGCAGUCAAUUCCAUAUGCGGAUGCUUUGAGCUCAGAGAUGACUGCAUUCGCAAAGAAGUUUGAGGAUCUCUACCUGAAGACGCAGGCCCUUGUGAACGCCCAGAACAAUGAGGAGGAUGACUACAUCCCACAUGUGAAAGAGUUCAUUUGCCUCCAGAAGCAGUUUGAGAAGCCCUACGCGGCCGGUAAUGCCAUAGCGAGGCCUGAUGUUGACGAAAACCCUGAGUUUCCCGACAAGUACCGGAAAAAAAUGACUGUGGAUGAGAUUGACAGCGCUUUAGUUUGCAGAAUGGCUGAACGGGUUGCUGAGGGAAAACUUUCUGUGAGUGGUGCUGCUGCUUGUGCUAGCGAUUUUGUUCAAGAUGGGAGUGUGAAGGCUUUCUGCUUCUGGAAAGGUGACAUGGAAGCUCAUGCGUACGCCCACCUUCUUACCCAGACUCAACGGUAUUACAGAUGCGCGCAAUGCUGUGAUUUUUGCUUGGCAACCACGGACAGAAGAUCACCAGAACUCAGCUGGGGAGAUUUGACUCUGAGAUCGUUGUGGCGGAGUACUCUUACACCUUCAGAUCCACAUGACAGAUCCCCAUGGACACAAGUUCCGGGAUUUGAGAAGAAGCUACGCUUGUUUGACCUUCUGCACAUUGUGCAUUUGGGAACUUUGCGAGAGCUCAUUCCUGCGGCCAUAAUCAGUUCAUUGGAAGAUGGAUCACUUCAAAUGUUUUUUGGAAUGACUGGCAGAAGUUGGGAUGAUACCCUGCAUGCUUUCAGCCAUCUAGCAGCGGCAUGGGCUACAGAUCAAAACAUGCAGCUCGGCAUUGGAACCCUUACAAUGGCAAGACUUGGCCGGCCGAAGUACCGCCAUUGGCCCAUGCCUGCCCUGGACACCCGCAUUAAGGCUGCCCGGACAAGAGCACUUUUUGCAUUCACCGCUUGGGUUAUGGUAAAGCUGGUUGAUUCAUGUGCUUUGGAUACGGCUGCCAAAAAGCUGCAUGGCAAAAUGCGUGCAGUGUGUUGUUGGUCGCUGGACGUUGCCCUUAGUUCAUGGAAUAUGAACGAUGAAGUUGUCAUGCCAACGCCGACGGUGGAAGAAGUCACAUGGCUUUGCAGGCUACAGUCUGCAUCGUACCAGUGGCUUGCUGCUCAAUGUUUGACUGAACGUCGUCUCCUCUACAAAAUCCGCCCCAAAACCCACUACUUCUGCCACAUGAUUGAUGUCUUUGAGGAGACAGAGAUUUGUUUGAUGCAUUUAUCGACCUUUGGUGACGAAGAUUUUAUGGGAAAGGUGGUGGACGAGCUCGCCACGUGCUUCCAAAAGAUCGACCGCAUGGCCACCCGUAUGGGGUGGGACGCCAACUUGUGCAGCUUGAAGAAGCAAUUCAAGAAGAAGCUCAAGACGGCGGCGCCCGCACCAGAGUACAUCAAGGAGUUCAUCGCUCCCUCCAAGUUCACGGCAGAGAUGUACUCGUACUGCUACGGGGACGAGGUACCAGUGGCAGCAGGGACACUGCCGCCGAUCCCAAACCCAGACGGCAGGUUGAGAAGGUCAUCAACGAGUCAGGCCCUGUCCAGUCAGGCUCUGGUCCCAACCAUGCCCCGUGAGAAUCAGCUGAUGCAGGAGCUCUACCUCAGAAAGAUGGCCAUGAUGAAUGCCAUGGAAGAGAAUGUGGGCCCUGGCGGUUGCCUAGCAAACCUGAAGAUCUUUAAGAAGGAUGGGAAAACAACGCCUGCAGCUUCAGCGCCACCGUUACCAGCCCUGCCAGCACCAGUGGAAGCUCCGAAGGCACUGCCAGCCCCUGAUGGGAGUGGAUCUGCACCUCCAUCCAGUGCACCAACUCCCGCAGCACCACCCAGUGCACCAGGCCCUCCAGGACCACCCAGUGCACCAGCUCCGACUGCGGAGGCUGUGCUUGAAGCAUUGAGGAACAGGGAGCUUGCAAAGCCGAAGGCCAAAUCAAAGGCCAAAGCAAAGGCCAAAGCAAAGGCCAAUGCCAAGAACAAGGCCGCCACUGCCAAGGGAAAGCCUGGAAAGAGCACGGCCAAGCCCGCCAGUGCCAAGCCCGCCAGUGCCAAGCCCGCCAGUGCCAAGAGCACGGCCAAGCCUUCCAGUGCCAAGAGCACGGACUUGGGCAAGAGCACACUCCUUUUCAGACGAGGCCUCCUCUCCCUCCGCCCUGCAGUGGUACCAUAUGGUACCGUGCAGGCAAGAUCCAAUGUUCGAGCAGCGACGCCUUCAGGGUCUUCUUGA